GUGCGUCAUCAAGACCUUCCAUGUCUUCUUCAUCAGGGACGUUGAACGCCCAGACCAUGCUGCUUGCUUGUUGAAUAACGCGUGGACGUUCUUUUGCACACGUCAUCAACGUAGAUGCACGUUGCAAUUUGGAAAAAGGGACGCGCAAGAUGAUUAGGAAUUUCAAAUGCAUUUCCUUUGCAUGCUUCGAAGAUCUAUUGAUGUGGAUAGUGGAAUGGAGUUUGAAAGCAAAGCAUGAUGAGAAACGAAAUGAGGCAAUUGGUCGAUGCCCGAGAAACACAUCCAACGAGAUCUAUACACAUGCGAGCAGGACAAGACAGAUUGGAACAGACUUACAACACGGCGACGAACUGCAAAUGAGUCAAUUGACCCAUGGCGGAACAGACUCCAACACGAUGACGAACGAAAAAGGAGGUAAUUGCGUGCCUGCGCUGCGUUACAGAGGUACCGUUAUUGGAUUGUCAAUUGGUCCUAUGGCUGGAGUACGUGGAACAAACUUCCAACACGGUGAUGAACGAAAAGGGAGUUAAUGAUCCUAUGGCUGGAGUUCAUUCCAAAUUGCGUGCCUCAAAGGGGCAUCAUUAUUGGAUUGUAAAGAUACUCCUUCUGAUCCAAGAAGAUUCUUGGAUGAACGCACAUGGACAUUAUUACCCUCAUGACCACAGGGCUAUCUCAGCGCAGUUCUUCUUUAUUGCAGCAAACCAAAUCUAUUGGGGCUCCCCGCUGACAUCUCCAAGGUCAUACACGUUAUCUUUCAAGUAUCCACAUCCUAGUUCCGCAAUAUGAACCGAAUGCCCUUUCGAUAGUCGGUGCGGUUGACCUCAUGCGAUAUGCGAGGACGUCUCUUCAAAGCGCCCAAAAAAAAACCGCAGUACUUGUAGAUUGGAUUGUAGUUGGAGAUGGAGGGUUGGGUUUUGUUUUUAUUAAGAGUGAAUAUGCAAAUAAUCGUCCAUCAACGGGCAAAAAACAAAGCCAAAUAGUGCAAUUAGUUAAGUCUUGAACGACAUACAAAGCAA